CCCGCCCCCUGAGAUGCGCUCUGUAGUUUAAGUAGCUCAGCGAGAGCAACUUCCAUUUGUUUUCCAAUCUUAAGUGUUUUCUAGUGGUGCAUAAUGGUGCAUAAGUGGUGCAUAAUCUCCAGUUUUCGUGCAUCGGCAGCUCCAUGCAGAUUGAUAGCUACCAUAUACAACUGAAAGGAUUGAAACCAGCGAUUCCAUGGAACAUGUGGUUCUCCAGGGACCGGAAGAAAUGGAGAUGGUGGAGGGAAAACCUGUAGAAGCCUUGAGAUCCGGAUCAGUGAGCACCGCAUAAAUAUAUAGACAGAGCAUCCUGUAGCAGUGCUGAGCCAGGAGAAGAUGAAGGUGGAGCCAGGCCAGACUCUCUCAGCGUCCUGUAAUGUCUCAGGACACCCUAUGCCCACGCUGCAGUGGGUCAGGAAUCCCAACAAUAACCACCUGGUAACAGUGAAUAAGGUGGACGAGGACUGGAGGGAGAAGGACCUGCCGUCCAACUCGACAGUGAUCAACCUCCAUGACCUGCAGUAUAAAUCAGACUACCACAUGGAGGUGCUAGCCGUCAACUCCUACGGCUCCUCCAGCCCAGCCAAGCUGAACUUCAAUGUCCCACAGCCUGCCAGGAUGAACAAGGGUGGGAUGGGGAAAGGGGCUGUGGCAGGCAUUGUCAUGCUCCUCUUUUUGGAGCUACUGAUUGCUGUGUACGCCACCUGUUGCUAUAUCAACCGCUGCGGCAUGCUGAUGUUCCUGGCUGUCAAGCUGUUUGGGCAGAAGGUCCCUGGGAAGAAGGUCCCUGGGACUGUGGAGGAGGGUGACGGCACCUGUAAUGGGUAACGCUAUUCUCUAGGCUACUGUCUGCCUGUUCCUCAAUGUAACAUAUUCAGAGGGUUGUAGUGUGGUUGUGUGCUUCUCUAUAUGAACCCUCCUGAGUCUCAGUUUAUGUGUGUCCUUCAAUGCAGAGACUUGAAGUUGAAUAGGCUUGGCAUACCGAAGGAUAGCAUCCCAAAACUGCAGACACAAAAUGGAGCAAAUAAUGGGUUGCAGGCGGAGGUCACGUGCGACAAAGCACCCCUCACCAAAUUCGAGUAGGUGGCCGAUGACGAUGUCAGAGGAGUGGACACAGCCCACCCUCGCCCUAAACGGGCUAUGAUCCAUAAAAAAUGGCAAAAAGAGGCACCUCCACACUUACAAGUCAGCAAGUGUGUUUGAUCACUGACUAAUUAAAUUAUAACUAAUUUACCCAUGUGCAAAGUGACACCCUUUUUUUGAUACCCAUUUUAAUUGUUAGGUAGCCACCACCCACUUGCCACUGCUAGAGUCUUUCAUGACUUGAGCUGACGAACACGGGAAUACCCUCUCAGAAUGAAUAGGCUUAUUAGUCUUAUUUUCCUGUAUUUGCAUGUGCAUAUUUAGUUACUGAGCUAAUGACUGAAUAUUUCCAUGCCUAGUUGUUUUGAGUUGUAUUUUAUUUCUAACCUGACCUAUCAGGAAAAUGUCCCCCAUUGGAGAUCCUGCCACAGAGGCCUGAGUUACUGAACAGGAAGUGACAUCCUAGUAUCUGAACAAUGGAACCUGUAAAUGCCAAAGGAGGAAGUAUUGUGAGUUGGGGGUCUUAGUUAAAUGUUUUUGGAGAGUUCCCAGGACAGUCCAAGUUGAGAAAGAAUAAGGAUUCGGAAAGUUAUCUGGGAACUGUAAUGUCUAACAUCAACAGAUGGUUGUAAUUUCAUCCAGCCCUGUGUAAUCUCAUGUUAAGUGUUACAUUUCCUUCCUUUUAUAUUCAGGUACUGUCACGACUUCCGCCGAAGUCGGCUCCUCUCCUUGUUCGGGCGACGUUCAGCGAUCGACGUCACCGG